AUGCUCAAAGCGUCACAAUUUUUUAGAAAUUCAAGUGGCAAUGCCUUCUUCCAAAAAAACCCCUCUAUACCCACCUCUAUAAUAGCAAAAAGAAACCAAGAAGUGUCGCGUUUGGGCUUCGGUAGUUAUCGGAUAAAUUGGAGUGAUGAAGGUCAUCAAAGGGCAAUACAACACGCCAUUCAAUCCGGAAUUAAUGUCAUUGACAGUAGUGCGCAUUUUGAAGCUGGUGAAUCGGAAGAAGUAAUUGGUAAAGUUCUUGAGCGAAUGUUUAAGAAUGGAAGUGUUUCUCGUGAGGCAGGUUAUGUCGAGGCAACUGAUGUGACAAGCUUGGAUAAUUCGUUCGCGAAAAUCAAUAACAAAUCUGCGCAUUCGAUCUCUCCGGAUUUUUUACGCGAUCAAAUUAAUUUGUCACUGUCUCGGCUGCAACUUAAGAAACUUGACAUAUUUAUGAUUAAUAAUCCGGAGAGGAUGCUACGAGCGAGAAAUCGGCAAUAUUCAAUUGACGAUUUAUAUAGAGACAUGGAGCAAUCUUUUCAUUACUUGGAUACAGAGAGUGUUAUUACGAAUUGCAAUUGGACAGGAAGAAUUGGUGGAUAUGGUGUUUGUUCAAAUACGAUGGCAAUACCGACUGCAAGUGAUCACAUCUCUUUACCAGCGAUUCUGGAAAAAUUAUCAAAACCUAGUAGACAAAAUUUCGUGGCAAUUCAGGUUCCUUUUAAUCUUUUCGAGAGAGAUGUAAUCCGAAAGGGCGUUGGGCGACAGUGUUCUCUCGCUCAAUAUGCAGAGGUGAAAGAAUUAGACGCACGAUUAGACCCUUGGUUAACCGAAGAAAUUCAAAGGACAAUUCAAUUGUCCGAAAAUUAUUUCGCUGCGAAAUAUUACUUGAGAAAACAAGUCAACCCAAAUGUUAGGAAUGAUUUAGAGUCAUUGUCAAGUUUGAUUGAAACCACCGAAAUCACCGAGGAGAAAGGAAGGGACCGGCUAAGGGAUUGGAUCAUAAAGUAUCACGUUGAAAUACAAGAAAUAUCAAAACUAAUAAUCUCAUACGCGUACGGAAAUCUAAUUAAUAUCAAUGAUGAACUUGAUUCAAUUCUUUCUAUAAUAUCACCUUCACUUCAUCUCGAUGAUGAUCAAUCACCAUCUUUUCACGGUGAACAAUUGCCUCACUCUCCUUUAUCAAUCAAAGCACUUCGCAUAAUUUUGGCGAAUUCUUCGGUCGGUUGCACCUUGGUUGGAAUGAGAAGCAUGGAUUAUGUCAACGAUUCAAUACUGUCGUUGAAAUUGAGUGAUGGUGAUCUUAUCGCAGAAUCUUUGGAUGAAAUAUACAAUUGCCCUUCUUUGCAACAAUAA